AUGGCUCCAAAACGUAGACACCAAACUCGUACCAACCCUGGAACUUUUACUCCUGACACUGCAUCCAUCGUUAAAGUAUUCAAUGCAGCACUUGCGGAUCCUCUGCAUCCUACAGGCUGCAUCCAUCUGCUGAACGAACCCCUCAUGGUCUUCGGCGAGGACCAGUACAUUGGUAACGUCCUCUUCGAUCUCCGCCAAAACCAUCACGACUUCUACACCACCUGCAUGCGCUUCCUCGUCACACCUCCCCCAGGCGAACACAAAGAUAGCCAGGAAUCUGAAUCGACGAAAGAACUCAUCUCGAUCAUGUCAACUUGCACUUGCGACCUGUCGAACCCAACGAUCAAAUAUCUCCAUGAACGUUCCCGCAAACGUCAUGGCAAACCUAACCUCCAGACUAUAUUCUCUAACAUCGCAGGGGCGGUUCAAAUGGCUCUACAACCCGCCAAAGCCGAAGGAAAAGUCCACAAAGUCGAGUCGAACCUCAAGAAAGCCUCCGAGAAAGGUCUCGAAGCGCCUUUGUGGCCCACCUGCCCUCAGGAUCUGUUCCCUAUCGGUGCUGAAGAGACCAUGAACGCGCUUGCUCAAUGGCUCGAGAUUCAUGCUGCGCCUGGCUUACUCGGAUUCUUAGGCUCGUACCUCGAGAUCUGUAAACGUGCUGCUAUUCCUUACUUCAUCGCCUCUCCGACGCUUCCUGGAAAAUUCGUCGGUAUCGCGGAGAUCAUAUACAUGGUGUGGGCAUUCCAGGAGCAAUCCGACAGAGCCAGUUGUGCCACCAGUCUUACGCUCCUGAAGGGCGCGGCCCUUGUGGCCCUCUUGCUCACCAGUCACUGCACGAAACAAGAGCUGGUCGAGUUCGAGAAGAGGGCCGAAGUCCAGCAUCGAUCCGUCCUCGGCCUCUGCAAGACCAUCCUCGAGUGGCUCCCCAAACUCGACGCAUCGAUAUGGCCCCGCGAUACUUACCAGUCCUACGACGCCGGCAAGGGCGUUUCGGAGGAUAUCGCUUACGUCCGGGAAUGUUUCACGGGUCUGGGACAAUGCAUUCAUUAUUUUAUGGAUCUGCCGUUCGACGUGGAGGAAUACCAUCCGACGAUCGUGUGGCGCUCAAGGAUGCAUCGCGAGAUGGAGAAGGAUCCGAAGACGCUGGCGUUCAGUGUGUAUUUCGAGCUGUAUACCGCGCAGCGGUGUUUUGCGCCUGGAUGUCAGGAGACGUACGCGGGCGCGGGGAGGAAGUUCGCCUACUGCAGCGGGUGUAAACGCGUCCCUUACUGCUCCAAGGAGUGUCAGACUGCAGCUUGGAAACACCCCAGAGUACCCCAUAAAGAUGUCUGCAAAUACCUUCGAGUCCUCGCCGAACAGACGAACCUCACACCGCACCCCGAACCGUCCGAUGGACCAGCAUUCGUCCAAGCCAUUCAGGACAAAGAACUCGCCGCGAAGAUCGGGCUGCACAUGCAAGAUCUGAGGAAGGAACUCUCUACAAAUGUACCCUUGAAAGAGUCUAGACCGCCCACUCAAAACGAUGAUGAACUCGAAACCGAGGCUACAGAACCUAAGGUCGACGAUAUGGAGGUCGCUGAAAGAGUUGAAAACGAAGAACUACCUGUAGUAGGGUAA